AUGGGAGAUCUGAAACGCAUGGAAGACGCCAAGCCGACCAAGGUGCCGGCCACACAUAGUAUAAUAUUGCCAACAACAAAGGAAGACGUCCAUAAAGACGAUCAACAGCUAAGCGACAACAAGGCCGAACAACUGAGAUCUGAUCUCAUGUCGGUGAGCUGUGGUGGCUGUCAAUCAAGACACACCCUGAUCUGUCAUAUGUCGUCGGCAUACUGCAGCAAGCAGCGGCCUUCCCCUCAAAAGAAGCACUGA